AACUCUUAGAUUAUUUUUUUAUUUUUUAAAUUCACUACUACAACCAUAAUCUCGCUACCCCAUAUUAGCAAAACCAAGUAAAACGAUGCCGCGUGGAGAAUCUUGAAGAAUCCAAAAUCUAGAGAGUGAGAGUCUGAUGGAUGCAUCGGCGUCGGCGAGUGGCGGCGGAGCUCAUGGGAACCUCAACGGGCAAAUCGAUCAACUCAUGCAGUGCAAACCUUUGUUGGAACAAGAGGUGAGGGCACUAUGUGAAAAGGCAAAGGAGAUUCUAAUGGAAGAGAGCAAUGUGCAGCCUGUGAAGAGCCCUGUGACCAUUUGUGGUGAUAUUCAUGGACAAUUCCAUGAUCUUGCGGAGCUUUUUAAGAUUGGUGGAAAGUGUCCAGAUACAAAUUAUCUGUUUAUGGGAGAUUAUGUUGAUCGUGGGUACUAUUCAGUUGAAACAGUAACGCUCUUGGUGGCAUUGAAAGUGCGUUAUCCUCAACGAAUUACUAUUCUUCGGGGAAAUCAUGAAAGUCGCCAGAUUACUCAAGUUUAUGGAUUUUAUGAUGAAUGCCUAAGAAAGUGAGUUCUGUUUCUUAUGUGUUUGUAAUGCCAGUUGAAUAAAUAA